UUGAAAUAUAAGAUCAAAGAUGCACAAUGAAGCUCUAAAUUCAGAAUGGGACCCUAUUUUUUCUUAUUUUCAUUUCUCCUCCACUAAAAUCCAUGUUCAAGAUUCCAUCUGGAUAAUUCUUCCCUUAAGUCUCUGUAAUCCCAACUAUCUCCUUCCUCCAAAAAGCACUUCUCAAUCAAAUUCCUCUUCUUCCAAUAAUCACACACCAUGUCUCUCGCUCAUUGCCUCUUUUCAACUUCAAGAAACAUUACCAAAUCUGAAUCUUCUUCAUAUCCCCAUUCUUCAAUUCUCAAACAUCGUCCAUUAUUUAAUAAUUUCUUCACCCUCCAAAAUAAAUUCCUCAAUACAAAUCCUCACCUAUCUUACAAGCCUCAUCACCAAUUCUCAUCUAUCUCAAAAUUCAAACACUACCCUUUUGCUGGAAUUUCAUCUUUUGCUGAAGCAGGUGGAGAGGGAAAACAAGAAAUCAUUCAGUUUAGUCAAAACCACAAUGAGCAAGAGAAAGCUGUUGAAGCAGAGGAAUUACCAGGAAUGGCUCAGGCUUUUCAUAUUUCUUCAAGAACAGUCACUGCGAUUAUUACAUGUAUAGCAAUUUCAGCUCUUAGUUUUCCACUUUUUAUGAAAUCUUUAGGGUUGGGAUUGGAUUUGAAGACGAAGAUUCUGUCGUAUGUGACUUUGUUGUUUGGGUUUUAUAUGGCUUGGAAUAUUGGAGCCAAUGAUGUGGCUAAUGCUAUGGGGACUUCCGUUGGGUCCGGUGCUUUGACACUCCGGCAGGCGGUGGUUAUGGCGGCGGUUUUGGAAUUCUCGGGGGCCUUGCUUAUGGGAACUCACGUGACUAGCACAAUGCAAAAUGGGAUUAUUGUUGCGGGUGUGUUUCAAGGAAAGGAUAUGCUGCAUUUUGCUGGAUUGCUUUCUUCUUUGGCUGCUGCUGGUUCUUGGCUGCAGAUUGCAUCGUAUUACGGAUGGCCUGUCUCGACGACACAUUGUAUAGUGGGAUCAAUGGUUGGAUUUGGCCUUGUCUAUGGAGGAGCUGGUGCUGUCUUUUGGGGCUCAUUGGCAAGAGUUGCUUCUUCAUGGGUGAUUUCUCCAUUAAUUGGAGCUUUGGUCUCAUUCCUUGUCUACAAGUGCAUUCGUAGAUUUGUGUACAGUGCAAAAAAUCCAGGACAGGCAGCUGCUGCAGCUGCACCAAUACUCGUAUUCCUUGGCGUAACCGGAAUAUCGUAUGUAUCAUUCCCAUUAAGUAAGAAUCUUAAAUGGGCUACAGCGCAGGCCGUUGCUUGUGGAACAGUAGGAGCAUUCCUCGUCUACAAAUUAAUUCAGGGACAACUUGGCCAUCUACUCAACAAAGCUGCUUCGUCAUCGAAAAGGACCGAUGAAAGUACGAUUGAGAGUAAAAAUAUUGGGUUCCUUGAUGAUAUUGCAGGUCCAAAGGGAACUCAGUUGGAGAUAGUUUAUGGGGUAUUUGGAUAUAUGCAGGUCCUUUCUGCUUGCUUCAUGUCAUUUGCCCAUGGUGGAAAUGAUGUAUCCAAUGCAAUUGGUCCGCUGGCAGCUGCAUUAUCCAUACUUCAUGGCAGCGUUGGUGGGGCGGAGAUUGUCAUUCCAAUUGAUGUUCUUGCUUGGGGAGGAUUUGGAAUCGUAGCCGGGUUGAUGAUAUGGGGCUACAGAGUGAUAGCAACCAUAGGGAAGAAGAUUACAGAACUCACACCAACAAGAGGAUUUGCAGCAGAAUUUGCUGCUGCUUCUGUGGUUCUAAUUGCAUCAAAACUGGGUUUGCCAAUCUCAGCAACUCAUACAUUGGUUGGUGCAGUCAUGGGUGUAGGCUUUGCAAGAGGACUCAACAGUGUUAGAGCAGAAACUGUAAGAGAGAUAGUUCUAUCUUGGGCUGUGACAAUUCCUGUUGGUGCUUUCCUUUCAGUUUUCUAUACAUGGAUCUUGACCAAGCUUAUGUCAUAUAUUUUAUGAGGCAUGUAUAUGGACAAAUUCAGAUAUGUCUCUUGGAACAAUUUGUUUACUUGGUUCAUUCAACAUAUCCUCUUCCUUUUUCCAAAUGGAAAUCACUGUUUAUAAAUCAUCAUGAAAGCGAGUAACUGGUGUGUUGCUUGUUUUCAGCCCUUUUUUUUUUUCCUUUUAGAUAUUUGGAUUCUUGCUGAAGAUUUAUGUACUUCAGUAAAUUGAACUAAGAGAUGAAUUUUGUGUUA